AUCUCUAUGUGUGUGUGUGUGAGAGAGAGAGAAAAGAGAAUGUCGAUUCCUGAGAUUGUCCCUGGACGCACCCGCGUCGGCUGGGUUGGCACGGGCGUUAUGGGCGCGGCCAUGGCUGCCCGACUGCAGGCCGCUGGUUUCGCGCUCACAGUCUACGCUCGAACCCCAGAAAAGGCCCGGUGCCUCGAGGCUGCUGGAGCCUGCCUGGUCGGCUCCCUGGCCGAGGUCGGCCGCUCCAGUGACGUCAUCAUCACAAUUGUCAGUCGCCCAGCCGACGUCCGGGAAGUAAUUCUCGGAGAAGCCGGCAUCCUGGCCGCACUGCGCCCUCCCGGAAUCGUGGUCGACAUGACGAGCAGCCAGCCGGCACUGGCACGGGAGAUAGCGGCACUGGCACGAGCAAAGGGGUGCUGGGCAGUGGACGCACCGGUUUCUGGCGGCGACGUCGGUGCCAAGGAAGGGACGCUCGCAAUAUUCGCGGCUGGAGAUGGGACGGUCGUGGAUGCACUGAGGCCGUUGUUGGGCUUUCUGGGGAGGGUCUGGUACAUGGGCGAAGCUGGAAAGGGGCAGAGCUGCAAGAUUGCUAAUCAGAUAACUGUGGGAGCCACCAUGAUGGGAGUGAGUGAGGGGUUGCACUUCGCCAGCCAUGUCGGCCUGGACCCGGCGCGGUUCAUGGGAGCUGUUGGUGCGGGCGCCGGAUGGACCAAGGUGGGAGAGCUGUUCGGUUCCCGGAUUGUGCAGCGCGACUUCGAGCCAGGCGGAAUGGUGGAGUACAUGGUCAAGGACCUGGGAUUGGCCAUGGAGGAGGAAGACGGCCAACCAGCAGUGGUGCUGCCGGGUGCGGCAUUGUUCCGGCAGAUAUACACAGCUAUGGUCGCUCAGGGCAACGGAAAGAUGGGGUUGCAGGGUGUUGUGACGGUGCUGGAGAGGCUCAACGGAAAUUCAUUGAAUCUUCCUGCCCUGAGAUUUGGAAAGGAUGUUGAUGUUUUGUAUUUGGCUUCAAAAGUGAUUGAUGUUAAUCAAGGUGUUAGUGUAGCUGAUUUUCUAUAUUUGUUCAUGUCUAGCUCCAUCCUUCAGUCAAUGCAUAAUCUCCAUACCGGCAGAUUUAUUUUUGAACGGUGGGAGCUCGAGAGCAGGCACCUUAUCUCAUUUAUCCCUCACGGUCACCCUCAAGGGGAGGAGACGAGCAGUGCAGGAGCCAUGUCCAGCCUCGGCUUGCCUUCCGUAGCUGGCAAGUCCCUUCAUCAUCAGUUUCUUGGUUCUCCUCCAUUAAAACGUGUACCCAGUCUCAGAAAGGGCUGCGUCUCCGUAAGAGCGUCUCUGUCUUCUUCUAAGGAAAAAGUACUGAAGGAUUUCCAUGCAUGUAGAGCUCUUAAGAUAAUCUCUGGGCUGCAAAAUUUCAAUAAAGAGAGUGUUGCUGCUGUAGUUACUGCUGCUGAUAAGGGUGGGGCGACACAUGUGGACAUAGCUUGUGAUCCAGAGCUAGUGAAGCUUGCUCAGAAACUUACUUCUCUUCCAAUUUGCGUCUCUUCUGUGGAACCUGAAGCUUUCCUUCCUGCAGUUGAAGCGGGGGCUGACAUGGUGGAGAUUGGAAAUUAUGAUUCUUUCUAUGAGACGGGAAUGAAAUUCUCUCCAGAUCAGAUACUGGAGCUAACAAGAGAAGUAAGGACGCUUCUCCCAAAUAUUACACUCUCCGUGACUGUGCCACAUACGUUAAACCUCCCUGAUCAGGUGAAAUUAGCUGAGUUAUUGGAAAUGGAGGGAGCUGAUAUUAUACAAACUGAAGGAGGAAAAUUUUCAAAUCCUUCCCAAUCUGGUAUUCUUGGUCUGAUUGAGAAGGCAACUCCCACAUUGGCAAGCGCAUACUCCAUUUCUCGAGCUAUCAAUAUUCCUGUUCUGUGUUCAUCUGGAUUGAGUUCAGUUACAGCACCGAUGGCUUUGGCAGCUGGUGCGGCCGGUGUGGGAGUUGGUUCAGCGGUGAAUAAGCUCAAUGAUGUUGUUGCAAUGAUUGCUGAGGUGAAAUCGUUAGCCAAUGCCUUGAUGCUGGAGAGAAUUUCUGUAAGUGAGGAAGUGAGAACUGCUGAUCUUUAGUUCAAUCUUUCUGUAUGCAUUUUUGACAGCAGAAACUGUAAGAAGUAUUAGGCUUUAGUUUAAAGACUGGAUCUACAACUGUUUGGUUUUA